AUAUUUUGGACCGUGUCACCUAAAUGACAGAAUCGUUCAGCUGAAACCAUUCUGUAUUACAUUAACAGCAUUUUGACUAUUUUAAAUUAUUUCCUUUAGUAUCAUUUUAAAGCCUUUUAAAAAAAUGAUAGUUUUUUGUAUAUACAUAAACAAUUUGUAUGUGGUUCUGUCACUAAAGACUUCUUUAUUCUAUAUGAAAUAAUUUACACCACACUGCUGCUGAGUUCUGGACUGUGAUUGGUCAGGAGGUGGUGAUUAAUUCUCUAUAACGGCGGCUCUGACAGUAGCGCAGGUUUAUAUUAACACGCAAGUUCUGAUACGUUAUGGUUUCUAUAGUAACGGCUCGUUCACAGGGACGUGUACAGCGCACGCUCCACUGAUAAUAAACAGAUUAAAAUAAUCACUGAUACGGCGAAGUUUUCUGUAAGGAGGAAUGUGUUUAAGGAAGGAGUCUCCAGUGUCAGCGCUGUGUUACAGUCAGAGGUAAAGCUGUAACAUUAAGUUUUCCCACAUCUUCAGGACAGAGGAGUUUAUCACAGUGGCAUAAGAGGAAUAAAACACCUGUGGACGUGCUGUUACAGGAAAUGAAUCAACGUUCAAAGCGGUAACGGUGACGCCGCUCCAUCACACCACCCCGUCGUUCGUCGCUGAUUAUUUUUCUGUAACAGCGUUCCCCAGAGCGUUUACUUGUUUUCUACUCUGAUCGAAUUCUAUCCUGUUCCACUCUUCCUUCUUCAUGUAUCACGUUUUGAUAUGCAAAUGACCAUGACCGUUAAAUAAAAUAUGCAAAUUAGGACAUGACGUCAUUCUGUGAUUUCUGGCGACUUCUUCCUGGCAACCGCAUGGGAGCCGUGCAAAAGAAAAAAGGAGAACAGGAAAAAGAACGAACAAGUCAAAAGGAGGGGGAAAUCGAGACGACUUUCAGUUAACUGACUGUAGAGGAACAUUUACGACCUAUCAGUGUGUGUGUGUGUGAAGUAUGCGUCUGACGGCUCUGCUCUCCAUGGCGGCGAAGGCUGCGUUUCCCCGUGAUUAUCGGUACGGGACGAACAGGCCGUGGACUGCAGCAGCGAGGAGACUCAACCCUCCGGGGAAGAGGAGGAGGAAGGUGUUCGUGGAGCCGAUCGCCCCUGAGGACUGGCGUGUGUUCAAAGGGGACGUGGUAGAGAUCCUCUCAGGUAAAGAUAAAGGGAAGCAGGGGAAAGUCACUCAGGUGUUCCGCCACCGUAACUGGGUCAUCAUCGAGGGACUCAACACGCACCACAGGUACAUCGGCAGGUCCGGAGACUACAGAGGGACGUACAUCGUGAGUGAAGCUCCUCUGCUGCUGAAGGACGUGUCCCUGGUCGACCCCACAGACAGGAAGCCCACGGAGACGGACUGGAAGUUCACAGAGGAGGGAGAGAAGGUCCGGGUUUCCCUCAGGACGGGACGGAUCAUCCCCAAACCCGUCUUUCAGAGGAGGGACGGCAUCAUACCACAGCAGUGGAAAGACGGACCGAAGGACACAUCUCCUGAGGACGCUCUGGAGAAAACCUACAUUCCGUCACUGAAGACUCUGGAGGAGGAAGUGAUGGAGAAAAUGAACAUCCAGGAACCGAGAAGACCCCGAAGCAGCUUCUGGUACUGAGACACAGGAGAGAGGAGAGCGGAUGUUCUUUAAGCUGUAAUGACAACGUGGAUCUGCAAUAAACGUGUUUAUCG